AUGCUUGGCAUCGCUACUGACUGUUCCUACACAGCUGAGUUCGACAGCCUGGCUGAUGUCCAGUCCAACAUCCUGAAUCAGAUCAACACAUUAUCCCAAGUAUACGAGGACACCUUAAAUAUCGCUCUCAGAGUCGUUAACCUCACAAUCAGCAACCGACACUGCCCCGUCGAAGCUCCUGACUCUUCCCUCUGGAAUCUGGGCUGUACUUCGAAAGAGAAUGUUGCUGAUCGUCCAAGUCUGUUCUCCAAAUGGAGAGCAAGAUUCAACCAUGGCAUCGGCGAUAUAAGACCUGCCGUUUGGACUCUUCUGGCAGCUUGCAAUAGUGAAUCGACUGUGGGGAUGACGUGGCAAGGCCAGGUCUGCGAGCUUCGCUACUCUAAGAACGAAGACGGGAUGAUUAUGGCUGCGACUAACAUUGUCGUUCGAACACAAUACGAGUGGAAAGUCAUAGCCCACGAGAUUUCUCACAGCUUCGGUGCUGUACAUGAUUGUACUAACACCAUGUGCAAGGCGGAUGGAUGUUACGACGACGAGUCAUGCUGUCAGCUCAGCAGCAAGAUGUGUGAUGCCGGAGCCCAAUAUCUGAUGAACCCAUCACCCAAGUCGGACAUGAAGGCUUUCUCGCCCUGCACGAUAACACAGAUCUGCUCCAAGGUGGGUCAAGGGUCCGUUGACACCGACUGUCUCCUAAGUGAGGAGGAUGUUCCGACCACCUCGAAUAGCACAGCAGAAUGUGGGAAUGGGAUCCUGAAAGAAGGCGAGGACUGCGAUUGCGGCGGCACAUCUAGCUGUGAAUCUGUCGAAGACUCCUGCUGCGACCCCGAGACGUGUCGAUUUGCUGAAGAGGCUGUCUGCGACCCGUUGCACCACGACUGCUGCACAGAUCAAUGUCAGCCUGCGUCAAGAGGCUUGGUUUGCCGGGGAAGUAAGGGAGCCUGCGGCCCCCGAGGAGUUAUGCGAUGGAAACUCAACCACAUGUCCACUCGAUAUCAAACGAGAGGAGUGGCGAUGAAACAGGCGAGAAUGACAUCCACGGACGAUUCUCACUGA